AUGAAGAGCAUCACUGUUUGUGCCAUCCUUGCUCUGGCAACUUCUGCCUGGGCUGUUUCUCCUACUGGAAGAGAUUUGAGCAAUGAAAUCAUUUCCUUAGGAAGUGAAGCUACUCCUGAAGUGAACUUUUACUUUCGAGUGGAUUGCUCUAGGUACAGUGGGAAAGGUUCCGGGAUGGCAUGCACAAGAAUAUACAAACCAGUAUGUGCUUCAGAUGGGAAUACUUACAGUAAUGAAUGCAUGCUUUGUAUGAAAAGCCAACAAUUAAAAAUGAUUCUCAGAAAAAUGUACGAUGGUGAAUGUUCUACUGCUCAAUCUAUUGUUCAACAGGAUGAAAUUAGUUGCUCUGGGUAUUCUGAAGCUUGUACCAUGGAGUAUAGGCCUCUCUGUGGAUCUGAUGAAAAAGUAUAUUCCAACAAAUGUAUGUUUUGCAACGCUGUCUGGAGGAGCCGUGGUGCGCUGACUCUCAGAAACCAGGGAGAGUGUGUGUCUUCCCAAUGA